AUGCACUCCCAAUCCUACAACAGUGACACCUAUCCAAAGCGGUCUCUGUCUCAAACCUCAGCUACCACCUGUUCCUCUCGCAGCACUCAACGCUCCGACGAGAAAAAACGAGGCCGAGAACUAUCCAACUCACUGGCCGCCAAACUGUUCCGAUCAGGAAGCAAGUCUCCUACUCCCAUCGACAUUCCCAAAUCACACAAGCGCCAGUCCUCGGCCAGUGUCUUCAACCCUCGAGACAUUCCCCGCAGCGCUCCCGGGUCGUCAUACUUUGAUCAAUACCACCGCUCUCAUAGUCCCGACCAGAUGUCUCCCGAGGCCACUUACCCCCAGUCUCCCAAGCAGGAGUACACCAGUAAGCGGGCAUCCACUCCAACCCGCAAGAACAGUGACGACUAUCGUCGCUACAGUGGUACCGUCAACCACUACGGUCGGCACUCCAACGACUGGCUAUUUGGUGGCUUCAGUGUUCGUGGAACUGUCCGCGAUGGCAUUGAGAAGCUCCGCAACCACGAUAAGGAGAGCUGA